AGUCAGACGCGCGCUAGAAACCCAGUUACCAUGCUUCAACCAGCUAGAAUUAUUUUGCUGAAAGAAGGCACUGAUACAUCUCAAGGAAUUCCACAAAUAGUGAGUAAUAUAACUGCUUGUGGAGCUGUUUCUGAUGCUGUUCGGUCUACAUUGGGUCCUCGGGGGAUGGAUAAGCUCAUAAUAGAUGACAAAGGGAAAGCUACCAUAUCAAAUGAUGGAGCCACAAUCCUAAAGCUUCUGGACGUUGUCCACCCUGCCGCACGCACUUUAGUUGACAUUGCACGCGCACAGGAUGCUGAAGUUGGAGACGGUACAACUAGUGUUACACUUUUGGCAACAGAAUUCUUAAAGCAGGCAAAACCGUUCCUAGAAGAAGGUGUUCACCCAUCUGUUAUUAUUCGUGCCUACCGUCUUGGUGGAAAAAUGGCGUUGAAGCGGUUAGAAAGUAUUGCUUGCCGUAUUAAGCAAGAGAAUCCUAGCGAGCAGCGUGCUCUUCUAGAAAAGUGCGCAUCAACUGCUCUCAGUUCCAAGUUGGUAGCUGGACAUAAAGAAUUUUUCUCUAAAUUGGUCGUAGACGCUGUCAGUUUGUUGGAUUCAUAUCUCCCCUUGAAUAUGAUUGGUAUUAAAAAGGUUUCUGGUGGAGCGUUGGGAGAUUCUAUGCUAAUCGCAGGAGUGGCAUUUAAAAAAACCUUCAGCUAUGCCGGUUUCGAAAUGCAACCAAAAUGUUACAAGUCCCCUAGAAUUGCGCUUCUGAACAUAGAAUUAGAAUUGAAAGCAGAAAAAGAAAAUGCUGAAGUUCGUGUCUCUUCAGUAGAGGAGUACCAAAAAAUCGUUGAUGCUGAGUGGCAGAUUCUUUAUGAUAAACUGGAAAUUUUGCACAAAAGCGGAGUCAAAAUAGUUCUGUCUAAAUUGCCCAUCGGAGAUGUUGCCACGCAGUAUUUUGCUGAUCGUGAUAUGUUUUGUGCCGGUCGUGUACCUGAAGAUGAUUUAAAACGUACUCAAAUGGCUUGUGGUGGGAGCGUGCAAACAACCGUUCAUGGUCUUGCAGAUAGUGCACUUGGAACUUGUGAUGUUUUCGAAGAAAUUCAAAUCGGUUCAGAAAGGUUUAAUAUAUUCAAAGGUUGUCCGCAAGCUCAUACUUGCACGAUAAUUCUUCGUGGUGGGGCCGAGCAGUUUAUGGAAGAGACUGAGCGCUCACUACAUGAUGCUAUUAUGGUAGUCCGAAGGGCUGUUAAGAACGAUGCCUUUGUUGCUGGUGGCGGGGCUGCUGAAAUGGAAAUAAGUGGUUAUCUUCGCAAUGAAGCUCUCCAAAUCGGAGGACGUGAACAAUUGCUGAUAAGCGCGAUGGCUAGAGCUUUUGAAGUUAUACCCAGACAACUGUGUGACAACGCUGGAUUGGAUUCAACCAUUAUUCUAAACCAACUGCGCCAUAAUCACGCUAAAGGUAUUUUUCAGUUUGUCUUCAUACUUAACGUCUUAAGAAUUUCCAAAUUACACAUCUAUACAUAAAGAUAACUGUUGCAGAGUAAGACUUCAGACAGCGUAACAUAGAAGAAAUUCUUUGCCUUUAUUCUACUUUCUUCUUUCUCUGGAGGUCGCAACACCGAUAGCUUUACAAUAUGUUCAGUUUUUCAUGUAUUGCCAGCACUUGGUAGAUACGAAAAAUGUCGGUAGACGGCAUCUCCCUUGACGCCUAAAUCUCGUAAGAAUACGUGAUUGUAUGAAUAUUUCAAAAAACAAUUUUUGAACCCAGCAAUGUUUUCAAAACGAAACAAGAUUAAAUACAUCAAACAACGUCUGACUUCCUAAAAGAGAAGUUCAAACUACUUUAAUUAUGGACAGUACACCAAUAGAGGAAGAAAGGUGGUAGACCAUUUUGGUAAACAGGAAUCUACACUAAAAUAAUUUGCUGUUUAUUCCAUAUCAGAUUUGAAGUAAUUUCAAACCUGUAGCUAGCUCAUGUUUCGAUAUACAGUAAGAUACAUCUUGGCAAUCAAACAUGGUUGAAGUAAGCAGAUACUGAAAGCUUCUCCUGCAUCCUUGCUGGAAUAUAGACAACUGAUUUUGUUGAAUCCAAACCGGAUACCAUAUAUGUUCUUUUCAUUUCGCCAUUAUCUAACACUGACAACUAUUUUUAUCAUACGUCAAAAAAUCUAUUCUUAAGAAUUCAAAGACAAGUAGGAUCACUAUCAUUUUGUUUGCAAAAGUUGGACAUUAAGAAAUGGUGGUAAACAUAUCUGGUAAAUACCGCUAGUUGAUCUAAUACAUAAGACAGAUUGAGUUGCUUCAUGCAUUAUCUUUAAGUUCUUAACUUUUCUGCAUGAGCUCGAAUAAGAAGCGCUUCAUAGUAUAGUAUAUUCAGUUGAAAAUCCACUUGCUCAAAUUUUCACGAAACCACUCCAUCUACAUAAACAAGAAAAGUGGUUAUAUUUUAGUUCAGUGCCUCACUAACUGUCACAGUCAAAGUGACUGGGGAGCCGUAAUCAUUUUAACGAGUUAAAACAAUGAAGUCUUUAGGAACCCUAAUGCUGUCCAUCUUUUGAAUAGUUGCUGUUCUGUUACUUAUUUCCACCAUGAUAAAAGCCGUUAUUUUAAUUUUUUCACGAUCCCGCCUGCCUUGCAGAACAGUAAGAUCCUAUGGGAUAAGCAGCUUUCGGUUGAGGCUUUUCUUUGACUGACUUUCCAGUUACAACGAACUUUUUCAAGUUCACGAAAAAAAACCAGUGUAUAAAGUUAAUUUUCGCUCCUAGUCAAUAAUUGCUAUCAAAAGCGUCGAUGUGGGGUCUUAACUUUUAAAGCUCAAGAAGUUGACCGACUAAUACCUGAGUUAUUAGCUGAGCAUAUGAUCAUUCCACCCCGAAAAGUGAGAUAUCAGAAUAUAAGACGAUUUGAAAUGCAACUGCACGUUUGCCUAGAACUCUUUUCUGAUGGUUUCACCUACGGACACAGGUUAGUUUUCUAGGUUGUUUUAUGCCUUAUGUUAGUUGCUUUCUUGUUAACAACUCUGGCCAAAAAAGAUUUUUGUUACAGGGUUUAUUCAGUGCGAUCAAAUAACUACACUUAUGGCAUAAUUUCGAGAAUCAUCACACUUUAUUUCUGUUCCCAGGUGACAUUUGGUAUGGUGUGAACAUCGAGAAGGAAUGUGUGUGCGAUAACUUCGAAAGUGGUGUUUGGGAACCAGCCCUGGUGAAGAGCAAUUCCAUCAUCUCAGCUACUGAAGCGGCUUGUCUUCUGCUUAGUGUUGAUGAGACUAUCAAAAACCCGGAAUCUAGUAAUUACAAUGAUCAAACUCCCGUACGUCCCCUGGAAUGAGGCACUAAGUAUUAAUCAACAGUUUUAAAAUAAACGAGUUAUGAUAC